UGCAUAACUCUGGCUGCACGAACGAAGCAACAGGUUGCACAGCGCGGCUGUAACUGCAGAAAAUGGCCUCUGAGUCGCGUCCCGCAGAGACGCAUCUCGAUUCGGAUUGAGUCAAUGCUUUACAUUCUCUGUGUUCCCCAUAAAGCUGAGAUAUGCCCACUGUUGGGAAUGAAGCAAAAGUGAAAAAUGAAGUUCACUUUGAAGAAUUGCUUAAGACUCAUAACGAUCUAAUAUGUGAAAGAAAAAAACUGAAGAAAAAACUUGUCAAAUCUAGAGAAAACAUCUCACUUGACACCGUUAGAAGCUAUCGUCACAAUAUUAAGGAAACUACAAGUAGUUUAAGUCCUACUAACACUAAUAACCUGGAGAAGAGGAUGCAAGUCACCAAGAACAAACUGAGGAGCACACAGUCAGCAGCUGAAAAUCCAAAUGAUGAUGUUCGCGUAGAGGAAGACAAGCCAGGAAAGCCAAAUACAAAGGGGAUGAAGUCGGUGCCCCAGCUGGCUGCACAAGAAAUGGAGCCAGAAACUCCUGCGAAGACGGUGGAUUCUAUGCGUCAGGAAGCACCAUCUGAGUCACAGCCAGGUAUUGGCCAUCUGAAAAGUGAGAAGAUAAAUAAAAGAAAAGAAAGUAAUGAUUUAGAAAAUGAAGAACUGAUGAAAGCCUAUCAGCUCCAAGUAACUGAAGAAAUGGCAAAGGAGAUUAAGAAGAAAAUAAGAAGGAAACUGAAAGAACAGUUGACUUACUUUCCCUCAGAUAUUUUAUUGCAUGAUGACAAAUUGAGCAGUGAAAAAAGAAAAAAGAAAAAAAAGAAAGUUUCCGUCCCAUCUGAAGCUGAAACUAGUACAUUGACCAUCUCUGAUGGCACAGAAGGUGAACAGAAGAAGGAGGUUCCAAUUGAAACAGUUACUUCAGAUUCUCAUCAAGAUGGUGAAAUAAGCUCAACAGAACAAAAUGUAGAAGACAGCAUGCAAGAAAACACAAAAUCCAAGUCUAAAAAAAUGAAAAAGAAAGCUAAUGCAGUUCCAGAUGAUAAUGAAGACAUUGACGGUGAUGGUGUUCACGAAAUAACAAGCCGAGACAGUCCAGUUUAUCCCAAAUGUUUGCUUGAUGAUGACCUUGUCCUGGGAGUUUGCAUUCAUCGGACUGAUCGACUUAAGUCAGAUUUUAUGAUUUCUCACCCAAUGGUAAAAAUUCAUGUGGUUGAUGAGAAUAAUGGUCAAUAUGUCAAGAAAGAUGAUAGUGAACGACCUGUUUCAUCUUACUAUGAAAAAGAGAAUGUGGAUUAUAUUCUUCCUAUUAUGACCCAACCAUAUGAUUUUAAACAGUUAAAAUCAAGACUUCCAGAGUGGGAAGAACAAAUUAUAUUUAAUGAAAAUUUUUCCUAUUUGCUUCGAGAUUUUGAAGAGAGCCCUAAAGUCAUCCUUUUCUUUGAGAUUCUUGAUUUCUUAAGCAUGGAUGAAAUUAAAAAUAACUCUGAGGUUCAAAACCAAGAAUGUGGCUUUCGGAAAAUUGCAUGGGCAUUUCUUAAGCUUCUGGGAGCCAAUGGAAAUGCAAACAUCAAUUCAAAACUUCGCUUGCAACUGUAUUACCCAUCUACGAAGCCUCGAUCACAAUUAAACGUUGUUGAAGUUUUUGAAUGGUGGUCAAAAUGUCCAAGAAAUCGUUAUCCAUCAACAUUGUAUGUAACUGUAAGAGGAUUGAAAGUUCCAGACUGUAUAAAGCCAUCUUACCGUUCUAUGAUGGCACUUCAGGAGGAAAAAGGCAAACCUGUGUAUUGUGAGCGUCAUCGUGAGCCAAGUUCAGUAGAUACAGAACCUGGAUUAGAAGAUUCAAAGGAAGUAAUAAAGUGGAAACGACUGCCUGGGCAGGCUUGCCGUAUCCCAAACAAGCACCUCUUCUCACUAAAUGCAGGAGAACGAGGAUGUUUUUGCCUUGAUUUUUCCCACAAUGGAAGAAUAUUAGCAGCAGCAUGUGCCAGCCGGGAUGGAUAUCCAAUUAUUUUAUAUGAAAUUCCUUCUGGACGUUUCAUGAGAGAAUUGUGUGGCCACCUCAAUAUUAUUUAUGACCUUUCCUGGUCAAAAGAUGAUCGCUAUCUCCUUACUUCGUCAUCUGAUGGCACCGCCAGGAUAUGGAAAAAUGAAAUAAAUAAUACAAAUACUUUCAGAGUUUUACCUCAUCCUUCUUUUGUUUACACGGCUAAAUUCCAUCCAGCUGUAAGAGAGCUGGUGGUUACAGGAUGCUAUGAUUCUAUGAUACGGAUAUGGAAAGUUGAUAUGAGAGAGGAUUCUGCUAUACUGGUCCGACAGUUUGAUGCUCACAAAAGUUUUAUCAACUCACUCUGUUUUGACACUGAAGGUCAUCACAUGUAUUCAGGAGACUGCACAGGAGUGAUUGUUGUUUGGAAUACCUAUGUAAAAGUUAAUGAUUUGCAACAUUCAGUGCACCACUGGACUAUAAAUAAGGAAAUUAAAGAAACUGAGUUUAAAGGGAUUCCAAUAAGUUAUUUGGAGGUUCAUCCCAAUGGAAAACGUUUGUUAAUCCAUACCAAAGAUAGUACUUUGAGAAUUAUGGACCUCCGGAUAUUAGCAGCAAGGAAAUUUGUAGGUGCAGCAAAUUAUCGGGAGAAGAUUCAUAGUACUUUGACACCAUGUGGGACUUUUCUCUUUGCUGGAAGUGAGGAUGGUAUAGUAUAUGUUUGGAAUCCAGAAACAGGAGAGCAAGUAGCCAUGUAUUCUGACCUACCAUUCAAGUCACCCAUUCGAGACAUUUCUUAUCACCCAUUUGAAAAUAUGGUCACAUUCUGUGCAUUUGGGCAAAAUGAGCCAAUCCUUCUUUAUAUUUAUGACUUCCAUGUAGCCCAACAGGAGGCUGAAAUGUUCAAACGCUACAAUGGAAUAUUUCCAUUACCUGGAAUACACCAAAGUCAAGAUGCUUUGUGCACUUGUCCUAAGCUGCCCCAUCAAGGCUCUUUUCAGAUUGAUGAAUUUGUCCACACUGAAAAUUCUUCAACAAAGAUGCAGCUAGUGAAACAGAGACUCGAAACUGUCACAGAGGUGAUACGAUCCUGUGCUGCAAAAGUCAACAAAAAUCUCUCGUUUACUUCACCACCAGCAGCCUCCUCACAACAGUCUAAGUUAAAACAGUCAAACAUGCUGACCACUCAAGAGAUUCUACAUCAGUUUGGUUUCACUCAGACCGGAAUUAGCAGCAUAGAAAGAAAACCUUGUAACCAUCAGGUAGACACAGCACCAAUGGUAGUGGCUCUUUAUGACUACACAGCGAAUCGAUCAGAUGAACUAACCAUCCAUCGUGGAGACAUUAUCCGAGUGUUUUUCAAAGAUAAUGAAGACUGGUGGUAUGGCAGCAUAGGAAAGGGACAGGAAGGUUAUUUUCCAGCUAAUCAUGUGGCUAGUGAAACACUAUAUCAAGAACUGCCUCCUGAGAUAAAGGAGCGAUCUCCUCCUUUAAGCCCCAAAGAAAAAAUUAAAAUAAAAAAACCUUCUUCAGCACCUCAAAAGCAGUUGGUCAGUAGGAAGUCCCAGGACUUCAGACUGGAUUCAGAAUGUAUGACACAUUCUGAAAUGGGCAAAGAACAGGGCCAUGGGGACAGGGGACACAUAAUGGAUAUGCAGGUGAGGAAGAACGAGCAAAUGGGCCGAAGUCACUCUAAUAGAGUAAAGAGUUGAAGAAUGAUGAAGAGACAUCCAAAUGCGCAGAGAUGAAAUAACAAAUUAAAUCAAAUGGAAUUUUUCCUCAGAGCUCAGAAUUUUCAGAUACUAAGGAGAAAAGGAAGGAUCCUGUUUCUUGUUCUUAUGAACGACUCUAGAAAAGCCAGAAACAAGUUAUGGAAAAAUCAAUGUGGCCUUUGAGCUGAAUUAUUAUAAACAUUGUAAUUGUUGUCGGUCAAUUAUUAGCACUUGUAUUAUUAAUAAUUACAUCACCAGUGUUGGAAAACUAAUAAAGAAAAAACCAUAACUGCUACGUAUGAAUUGACGUAUUUGUAUUUUUAGGAUGACUGUUAAGUAAUCAUUUAAUGUUAUACCUUUAUUGUGGUUAUAUGUGUGAUCUUAUACUCAGAAUAUGAAGUAUCUGCUUUUGAAAUUAACUUUCUUUACAAGAUAAGCAGCUUUAGAAUAUUGUGUAUUCAAAAUGAUCCUAUUGACAAAGGCAUUUAAAGGAAAGCAGUUUGCUUUUUCAAAUUAAAAUUUUGUGUUUCUUAAGAAAAAAAUCAUAUAUAUAACUUGAGAUAAAAACUAAAAGUGGUUUUUGGCUGGACUGACAACAGUGUUCUAAAUUUAUUUACUUUUUUAAAAGACAUUUUGUAUUUAAAUGUAUACAUAAUUUGUAGGCUUACAUUGUUUAAUAUUUCAGUUUUAUUUUGUUCUUAAAUUAUUACAUUGCAUUAUUUAUUUCAUUAGUUUCAGAAUAACAGUAUCAUCAUUAUGUGACUAUAUGUUUUAAAGUUUGUUAUCAUAAUAUGGAAAUUCUUGGGUUUUUUGUUGUUAUUCUUUUUCUCAACUCUUCUUUCUUAACUAUGUGAUAGGUCUGUCAAUAAAGCAUUUAACCCCAAGAAAGUCAAGACCAAUAUAAAAUUAGAAAAACUUAUUUUCCAAAUUAGUCAAUUGAUUCCAUUAAAAUAAGAAGUGAGAAAAACAGUGUUGAGCACUGAGGUGUAAAUUUUGCCCAGAUGUAUACCCGAUGUGAAAUAUCUUCUAGUAAAGUUAUAUUUGGGUCUUCUCCCUGCACAUGUUAUAGAGGCACACAAGUUGGUAAACAUGUCCCUGCUGUGUAGAAUUUUUUUUUCAGGGCGUUUUGAAAGUGUUGAACAGCACGAUGAGUGCUGAUGCCCGCAACCAUCAGCGCAGAAGUCUGUUCUGAUCACGCCAGAGUUUUGUUUGCGAAUACAUAAGGCUGGUCUUCAGGUACAUCUAGGCCCAGCCAGUUUGAAUCAACCUUGCCCAAGCUUGUUUUUCUGUCCUGUGAAUGCAUAUGUCUUUUAAAAAUAAAAAUAUAUGUCCCUGUGCAAUUUCAGCUUCUAA